AUGAGCAAUUCUCACGAAGACGCCAAGCGUAUGUCGGCUGGUAAAGAAUCAAUGAUUCGAAAUUCAGUAUUAUCAUACGCAAUCGAUAGUGAUAGAGAACCGAUAAAAAAAAGAUUAUCAAAUCAACUCUACGAUUACAACGACGCAAGUCUUUGGUAUAAACGAAAACGAACAUGGCUGCUAUGCGGCGGAAUCCUUCUUAUAAUCCUUGCCGUAUUAUUGCCACUCAUUUUAUUUGUUAUAUUUCCCGUGUCCGUACAACGAGCAAUUGAUCAUUCAAAUACGACGUUUCAUUCAUUGAUAAUCGCUCCAGCAGGAGAACAGAAAUUUCAUUUGAACGUGAGCGGAAGUGUCUCAAAUGCUGGAUCGUAUAAAGCGGUUGUAUCUUAUCCGGAACCGGCUGAGGUGCUUUGGAAUGACACGAAAAUUGGGACAAUAGGUUUACCGGAUAUUUCGAUUAAUGAGGGAGGGAGUGGAGAACUCAAAAACGUGGGAGAUCUCAUGAUCUCGGAUCCAUAUGCAUUUGCGAACUUUGUAAAGACUCAAUUGACUGAAGAAACUUUCACUUGGAAUAUUAGAGCGAAGAUGAGUGUGAAAAUAAUGGGUAUCACUAAAAAGGGUCUUCCUUUUGAAAAAGCAGUCACUCUUAAAGGUGCAAAUGGAUUCAAGGAUACGAAUUUAACCUCUUUUAAUAUAACAAGGAAUCCUAACGAUAAUACUACAUAUCAACAAAUUAGCUCAAUAAGUCUUUAUAACCCUUCACAAAUUGGCAUACACGUUGGUACACUCGGUCUAAAUAUUGGCAUUAAUAAUGUGUCUAUGGGUUCAGUGAACUCUACUGACAAGAAUCUCAUAAUAUAUCCCGGCUACAAUAACAUAAAUUUCAGCGGAAUAGUCACCAAAAAGAAUAAACAAGAACUACCAUACAUCUCCAAAUUUGUACAAGAUUUCACAAAUAAUAUUAAAGUCCCUGUCAUAGCAACAGGAGCUUUCGCUCUUCCGAACAGUACAUACGGUAAUGAUUGGCUCAGUGAAGGAGUUAAAGCACUUGCGUUUGAAGUUGGUGUCCAAAGAUAUAACUCGGAUGUUCCAUCUUCUCUCAUCCACACUGUCAGUAUUCCUAAAACAUCGAUAACAUUCGGCAAUGAUUGGGCACCAAUUUUAUCGGCAGAAAAAGUCACAGCAAAUUACCAAUUCCCGUUCGAUACUCCCAUUAAAGUUUUUCAAGCCAAACAAAGCAUUUCACUGUGGUAUAACAAUGUUGCAUUGGCAGGUUUUGAAUCUCCAUGGGCUCAAGCUUCGAAUGAUGAGAAAAAUAUUUACUUGUCGAUUCCUCAAAGUCCAAUAACGAUCUUUGAUGGACAACAAGAAAAUUUCGGGAAAUUUAUUAGUGCGUUGUCGUUGGAUGAUAAUGUCCCUUUUGAACUUCGGGGAAAUACUGGAGUUCGUGCUAAAACUACGAUUGGAAAUAUUGAGAUGCAGGGUUUCGAUUUUAAAGCAGUUAGUAAAUUAAAGGAUAUUCUAGGUCACAAGGAAAUUCUUGCUGGUGAAGGUAGCAAAAGCUUCAAAGCAAGUCUACCCAAGCCGGCCGAAACUAGACUAGGUUUAGGUUUAAAUAUCACACCAAGGGGCAUUAUUACUUCAGCUGAUGACACUUUAAGAAGUACAAUCUCAAGUGCCGCACCACCAUUUAUCCAAGCAAUAAUUGAUGCAUCUAAAAUGAGUAUAGACAGCAUUCUUCUCACCGAUUUAUCCGACACCAAAUUCAACUCUGUAGUCAAAGGCGCACUCACGAAUACUGGUCCAGCAAACGCAACAAUUUAUUUUCCUAAAGGGGUAGUGGUCUCUUCAAACGGCCAAGAACUUGGUAUUUUGCAAAUGCCACCAGUUCAAGCAUCCAACGGUCAAGCCUCAAUCAAUUCGACUAAUCUAUUCACUGUCACAAAUCAAGAUGCGCUUGAACAAUUCACUGAACAACUCCUUGGCACUCCGAGCGCACAAUGGGAACUCUCCGCCACAGGACUUGUUGUUUUCGUCCUUGGUAAAAAUUUCACCGGUUUGACUAUGAAAAAAACGGUGCCGUUGAAAGGUUCUAAUGGGUUCAAGGGUGGUGUGCAAAUUUUGUAUUUUAACCUUCCUGGAAUUGCGCCCGAGGGAGGAAUUGAAAUGGAUAUUAUGAUAUCGCUUUUCAAUGGGGGAACUGUUGGUGUUGAUGCUGGUACAUUAUCAUUCAAAACUGUUUUUGAAGGCGUCGAAGUUGGACCUGCGUCUGCUUCUAAUGCGGUAAUUCAACCUAAAGAAAAGAAUACUUUGGGGUUGAAGGGAAGAAUCACACCCAAAACUGAUCCUCAUGACAUCACUGUAAUCUCGAAAUUAUUCGGUUUGUUUGUCACCGGAACUCCAAUCACCCUCCAAACAGUCGGCGCAGGCGUAAAACCAUCCAGCGGAUCAUGCAAAUGGCUCAGCAAGGCAAUCACCAAACUCUCAAUUGAUGUCGUUUUACACCCACCUCCAAAUCUCAAAUUGAUCACAUCCGUCGAUCUCAAAGCACUCGAUUUAGCAUUUACCACUGAAACUGCAUAUGCUCCUUUGACCUCUUCUAACAAUAUCGUCGCCGGAUUCUUCAAUCCAUUCGGUUUCCCACUCGAUAUUUUAAAAAUCGAGCAAUCAAUUGAUGUGUUCAAUAAGAACGCUGAUAUGGCAAAAUUGGUUGUGCCGCUAAAUCCGGCAAAGACUAAUCAAAAGGAUAAAACUGUCACGACUAGAUUUAAUAAUGUACCGUUUGCUGUUAAUGGUGGACAAAAAAACAACUUUAAUGAUUUUGUAAAGGAUAUAACGCUUAAUGAAUCGAAAAAAUUCCAAUUAAAGGGAAAAUUAAAUGCAAUCACUAAAACUCCCGCUGGUACUUUUAACAUAUCAGGAAUCACAUAUGAUGUACAGACAACAUUAGCUGGCUUGCAGGGUUUCACGUCAAACCCUGUUUCAGUGUCAGACUUGGACGUAGUUUCCGGCACAACCACAACUCUUUUUCUAAGUAUAAAAACAUCACUCUUCAAUCCAUCCAAUAUCUCCAUUAAAGCAGGUGACGUCUCAUUCUCCUUUUCAGCAUACGAUGCAGCAUUGGGCACCGUAAAGAUCAAAGCGCUCAACGUCGUACCAAAAGAGAAUUCACUUAAAGCCGUCGUCAAUUUCUCGCCAAAAGCUUCUGAUAAAUUGGUAGCACUCAAAGUACUAAGUACCUUCUUACAAGGCGAUGACCAAGUUGUCAAUAUCACAGGAUCCGAAAGUUCAACGCCAAUCGAAAGUCUUAAAGAAGCAUUUGCCGGAAUUAAACUGAACACUAAAUUCCCCGGAAACAAAAAGCCAUUGAUAAUUUCCACUUCACUAAGUCCCGAUGCGAAUACUUUUACGACUGGAAUCGCUAAUGGAACAGUCACAAUCUCAAAUCCAUUCUCAGCUCCAAUCACAUUGUUCAGCAUCAAUUCUAAUAUCACAUUCAAAGGAAUCCAAAUAGGAUCGAUCAAUAUCCCGCAACUACCUAAACCAAUUACUAUUCCCGGAAAAGCCGUCAAUUUUACAACCGAUCCAAUACCAAUCAAACUUAAUUUAGAUCCUGCAACUAUUUUGGAAAUAAUUUCAUCAAUUAGUCCUAAUAGUACUGACUUUGGAAAUACAAUUUCAUCACUUAUUCAUAAUAAUGGCAGCACUCCAUUAAAUAUUGGAGAUAUAAUUUCACCACUUAUUCCUAAUAGUAAUGACAUUCAAUCAAAUAUUGGAGAUAUAAUUUCAUCGAUUAGGAAUGGUAACAUUCCAUUAAAAGCUAGAGAUCUAAUUCCAAAUGGUGACAACAGUACUAAUGCAAUUCCACCAUCGAGUUUUUUGAAUGUUGAUAUCGCUUUGAGUUCUGAAGCCGCGAUUGAUCAAUUUAAGACACCAUUGAUUUUCUCACAAAAGGAUGUACCCGUCGAUCUCAAUAUAGUUGGUGACAUUUUAGAUCUCAAUAUAGUUAGUGACAUUUUAGAUAACAAUAUAUUUCGUGACAUUUUGGAUGUGAUUGGUAGCCUGCUCAUUCAACCAAUUGUCGAUGGAAGCGAUUUGGUCACCACACGAGUAGCAAUUACAAAGAUUAGAGCAAGUUCAUUUGUCGCACAAAUCAAAGGAACAAUUACUAAGACGGGGCCAAUUGACGCAACAAUCUCAUUUCCAAAUGGUCUCCAAGUAACAGCCCAAGGUGUCGCACUUGGUAGAAUAUUCCUGCCGCCCGUUAGCGCCGUAGCGAACAAAGGAGGUGUGAUCGACAGCGACGCCGCAUUCCAAAUUGACGAUAUAGCCAAAUUCGCAGAAUUUACAGGAUUUUUGUUGCAAACGAAGGAAUUUACUUGGGAUUUAUCAGCAGAUGAUGUCCAAGUUACAACUCUUGGACUCACAUUCAAUGGAAUAAAAAUACACAAAAGCAUUACUCUCGACGGAUUCAACGGAUUGAAAGACGUAAAACCAUUAGGAUUCAAAAUUGUCGGCCCAUCACCUGACGGAAAAGGCCUAUUAAUCAGUCUUUCCGCAGACAUGGUCGAUUCAGCAGAUAUUGGAAUCGAACUAGGAAACAUCGGUUUCAAUAUGUUAGCUAGUGGUGUCGUUCUUGGCCCAGUCAAUGCUGACGGUGUGACACUUGUCGCGAAAUCCGACAAUGUAAUUCCAUUCAAAGGUGAAAUCGUUCAAAGCCCAGGAGUAACAAAGAUAUUGCCACUACUACUAAGUGCUCUUACUACUGGUUUGCCGCUUCAAGUUCAAGUUGUUGGGACCAGUGUUAAACCGCCAGGCACAAAGGAACCAGUAUUAUGGCUAGAAGAACCAUUCAAAAAACUUGUGUUGAAUUUAACUCUAAACUUACCAGCGAGUAAUCAAACCGGAUCAAUAGUAAAGGAAAUUACAAUCAAUGAUUUGGAUCUCUCAUUCACACCCGAAACUGCAUUCUCUCCACUUGCAUCCUCGAGUGGAAUUGUGUCGAAAGUCGAUCUAUCUUUUGGUAUUCCAAUUACACUUGAAAAAGUCGCUCAAAAUAUCACAAUAAUAGAUGGAAAGAAUCCUGUCGCAUCAUUUAAACUUCCAUUCUCUACACCGAAAAUUACAAAGGAUGGUAUCGUUACAUCUUUCAGCAAUCAACGAUUGACCUCUGAAAAUUCUCAACAAGUCGCUUUUGAACAAUUUAUUGGGGAAUUGACUCUUGCUAAAGAAAAGGAUCUCUCGUUCCAAGGCACUCUUGACAUUCUUGCUAAGACUCCUCUCGGAGAACUUCCUAUGAACGGUGUUCCAUUCUCUGCGUCUACGUCACUUAAAGGCUUGCAAGGAUUAAAAAGUGCACCUGUUACAGUAAGCAAUAUUUCUGUGCAUGGUGGAACUAAAUCUUUCUUGGAUCUUGGUGCAACGGUGUCAAUCACAAAUCCUUCAAAUGUUAAAGUCGGAACAGGAGAUGUUGCAUUUGAUAUAUUCUUUGGCAAAAGCAAAAUUGGACAAACCAUUCUCAAAAAUCUUGUGCUAGAUCGUGGAUUAAACACUAUUCCUGCUCAAUUCCAAUAUGCACCAAUUGGCGACGACGCGAUAAAUGACGGCGCGAAUUUACUUGGUAAUUUCCUCGAAAAUAAAAUUUCAGAUUUAGAAAUCCGAGGAAAUUCCGCGACAACUUCUAUCAAAUCAUUGCAACCGACAUUCUCCAAGUUGUCAUUAAGUUCAACUCUCAAUGGAAUUGAUAGUCCGUUAAUUCGUGCAAUCACUGUGAAAGUUAACAGCACCGCAAAGACGGCUACAACUAGUUUUACCAUGGUUAAUCCUUUGGACGCUCCGUUUGGACUUAUUGCCAUUCACGCUAAAUCAUUCCUAGCUGGCAAAGAUGAAUUAGUUGGAACACUUGAUAUUGAAUUACCACAACCUGGAUUACCGAUACCAUCAAGGAAACCAAUUACGAGUCCCGAUAUACCAUUUACCAUUGUAAUGGAUCCGGCUAAACUAAUUCCUAUUAUUAUUGCCAAUAAAGGUAAACUGCCUAUCGAUAUGAAGUUAACUACUAAUGUACUUAUUGGCGAAUAUUUGACAACGAUAAAUUACUUCCAAGGAAAUUUGACUGCAGUUGUUACAAUAUCAUAA